CUCCGUUCAUCCUCAUCUCUCCGUUUCCAUUACUUGUCUCACACAUCCAAAAGAAAGAAAAAAAUGCAGAAGAUCGUUUGGCAUUUAGUGAUCAAGGGCUGCGAAGAAAGAAGAGGAAAUUGGUGGGCUGUGAUGGAGAGAAGACUAGGUUUAGGUGAUCUCUUCUUCCUCUAAAUUAAUAGGGAUCUUUUUUCGCUGGGAUUUUUUUGGGGAGGUCUGAAAAAGACAAAAGCCGACGGUAGAGAAAAAAAGAGAGAUCCGAGAGCCUCGGGCUGCCAGCGGAGAUAUUUCAAGUUCCCUACUGCUUGUAAUUUGAUCUGGAAUAUAGGUGAAAUACUCCUCCCCUUCAAUUUAAUGUAGUUUAUUUGCAGGAAUGACAAACUGCUCAAGUUCUUCUCCGUUACUGUUUUGUGUUGAUGUGAUGAAUACUUGAAUUCAUCA